ACAUCCACCACCAGAGGAGUGGUAUAAGAGUUCUGUGCCUGUUUGUGUUGCAUAUAUAGAACCACAUACUCACUUUCAUUGCAUUCACCUACUUGGCUGUACAUAGCUGGAUGAUGGAGUCUGAACAAGAUAGUUAUGAAGACAUUGCUUAUACUGGGGAAAGCAGUAAGCCAAUGGAAGGGGUGUUUCAUAGCCAUUUAGAAGAGAAGGUUCGUCCUUAUCUUGAUCUAAUCGACUCUUUGAGACUCAUUGGUAUUGAAGAAGAUCUGGCUUUACCAACAAUAGCUGUAAUUGGGGAUCAGAGUUCUGGGAAAAGCUCUGUGUUGGAAGCACUAUCUGGAGUAGCAUUGCCUCGCGGGAGCGGUAUUGUCACGCGAUGUCCACUGGAGCUAAAGCUAAGGAAGAUUAAGUGUGGUGUUCACUGGAAAGCUGUAAUUUCUUAUAAAGAAGAGUUAAUUGAGUUUGAAGACCCAUCACUGGUUGAGCGUUACGUGGCGGCAGCCCAGAAUGAGCUGGCUGGAGAAGGUGUUGGAAUUUGUGAUGAACUCAUCUCUCUGGAGAUCAUGGCUCCUGAUGUGUGUGACCUUACACUGAUCGAUCUUCCUGGGAUUGCCCGAGUUCCUGUAAAAGGUCAACCUGAGGACAUUGGAUAUCAGAUCAAAAAUCUCAUAGGAAAAUAUAUAGAAAAGGAUCAAACUAUAAAUUUAGUUGUGGUCCCAUGUAACGUUGACAUAGCAACAACAGAAGCUCUUAAAAUGGCCCAGGAAGUGGAUCCUGAAGGGAAAAGGACUCUGGCUAUUCUUACAAAGCCUGACCUUAUCGACAGGGGAACAGAGAAAAGCGUCUUGGAUAUUGUACGAAAUCAGGUGAUCCCUCUAAGUAAAGGAUACGUCAUCGUCAAGUGCCGAGGCCAAAAGCAAAUUGAUGACAAUAUCUCUCUGACUGAGGCCACUCGAGUAGAGAGGGAAUUCUUCAGACGUCAUGAAUUCUUCAGUUGCCUGUUAUAUGAAGAGAAAGCAACAAUUCAGUGCCUUGCCACCAAAUUGACUCAAGACCUGGUAGAUCACAUCAAAAAAUCAUUACCUUUAAUCUCAGAAGAGAUCAAAAAGCAACUGUGGAGCUUGAGAAAAGAGCUGAGUUAUUGUGAAGCCGGCCCACCACUGGACCCGCUGAAGAGAAAAGCCUUCUUUAUUGAUACCUUGACAAAAUUCAAUGAUAAGAUCAACCGCUUGGCAUCUGGGGAGGUGGUCAACAACGACAACCUGUUUGUACUGCUUCGGUUUGAAUUCAAAAAGUGGAAUGAUCAUCUUGACAACACAAAGGCAACAUUCCAAAACACGGUCCAUGAAGUGGUGGAAGAAUAUGAUCUGAAGCACAGAGGACGAGAGCUGCCUGGUUUCAGUGACUACAACGUGUUUGAGAUGGUGGUGAAGAGGCUCGUAAACCAGCUAACAACACCAGCCUUUGACACACUUAAAGUCAUCCGAGAGACCAUUCAGAAACAGUUUCAGGAUGUGUCCAAAACCUGCUUCUCCAACUACCCUUUCCUCCAGUGUGUUGCAACGAACAAGAUUGACAACAUUGAGUCAAAGCAGGAGGCCAAGGUGGAGCAGAGGAUCAUGGAGCAGUUUGAGAUGGAGCAGCUGGUCUACACUCAAGAUGGCAUCUACUUCAAGUCCUUGAAUGAGUUUCAACCUGCUGAAGGACAAAAAGCUUCAGAUAACAACUUUGCUGGGUUUGACAACAGAAAAAAAUAUCCUGAAAUGCUGAGGGCUUAUUACGAGAUUGUGGUGCAGCGCUUAGCUGACCAGGUGCCUAUGCUGAUCCGAUACUUCAUGCUGAAGGAAUCUUCUCAGUUACUGUGCACUGAGAUGCUGGGUUUAAUGGACGGUGCCAACGUGGCUGAUAUUUUGCGUGAAGACUCGGAUGUCAGCAGACGCCGCAUCGACAUGCAAAACCGCACGGACCGCCUUAGCCUUGCUCAAGAGAAACUCAGCAACUUUGUUUAAAGAUGAGGACUUUGCAUAGCAGGGUUUAACAUUAAUUACAGUUUAGCCAUUGUGUGUUUAACUUAAAUGCGGUGUGUAAAAAGAGGGAAAAUGCUGAUCUCUGUAGGGUUGUCAUGCUUCACAACUAAUACUACUGAUCUACAAUCAUCCAUUUAUAGUUUACAGAACAUGCAGAAAACUUAUUAGAUACAGCAAGACGUCUUAAUUACACUUUGUUAAAUAGUGUCAUUUGACCUAAACGUUUAGUCUGAAAUUUUAGAUCCAGUAAAAAAAUUCAAUUUGAAUAAUUAAUCGAAAUAUUAUGUAAAAUCCCUUUUCUUGUUCUUAAGAGAAAAACAUUAAUAUACUCUAACAAGCUUUUAAAUGCA